CGCCGCCGCCUCCGCCGCCAGGCUGUCCUCCAAACUGUCCCCGGGCGUCGCGCCGCCCCGCCGCGCCGUGCACUUCAACAUCCCGGACAGUCCCGAGGCGGCGCGGCGCUUCCUGCAGUCGCAGAGCUACAGGCCGGGCACCGAGGCCCUCAAGGACGCUCAGCGGCGCAGGAGCCGCGAGCGUCAUGAGGACCCACCCAGUGAAGUGGAGGGGAACGGCGGUCCCUCCCACAGGAUCAAGGCGCUGCUGGACAUCACGCCGAAGGACUACGCCGAGGCGCAGCGCCUCAAGAAGAUGCUGAAGCGAGCCGUCAGCAGGCCGGACACCACCUUCGAGGACCUGAAGGCGUACAGGCAGGGCAUGAAGCGCCUCAGGAGGAUCGUGAGGGAGGAGCAGGAGCGGGAGAUACAGCAGCAGGCUCACCAGCACCGCCAGGACCAACUACAACAACAACAACAACAGAAACAACGACAACAACUGCAGGAGUUCAUGGACAAGCUCAGUUCGCCCUCCUACACCAGUCGCUAUGGCAGUAACAAAGACACCAGCAACACGCCCACUGUCUCCUACCGCUCCGCCGUCACCAGGGACCUCUCAGCAGCCCAGGAUAGACUGCAAACUGGCUACAAUUCAGGAUCAGGCGGGAGCUACAGUCGGUAUGGCAGCGGCGGGGACAGCAAGAUUACCCCCUCCCCCUCCCCAUCCCACGCCCCCUCCCCUGCUCCCCCUACCCCUACACGCGUGCGCCCCUCCCCCAUCACCUCCCCCACCACGCCCUCCCCCUCCCCCUACUCACGCCUGCCCUCCACCGCCAUGGACCGCUCUGGCUACGGUUCAGACGCCAAGUCCGGAUACGGGUCGGAUGUGAACCGCUCCGGGUACGGCUCCGGGUACGGCUCCGGCUACGGGUCCGGGUACGGUUCAAGCCGGUACAGCAACUACACGCGCAGCAAUAGUUACCUGCGGGACUCCGGUGGUGGUGGUGGUGGUGGUGGUGGUGGUGGUGGUGGUGGUGGUGCCUACCGCCCCGUGUACUCCCGCGAGAACAGUGACGCGGGGAGUGGCUGGCGGAGCAGAGUGUAUGGCACCUCCCGCCCCUCCUCACCCCCCAAGCCAGAGCCCACCACCCCCACCUCCACGUCUGCCACCCCCACCCGCACCCGCACCCGCCCCCAGCCCCUCACCACGCCCUCCCUCAGGAACAAAGCCCCCGCGGACUUCAGCUCAGCCGCCGAGACUGAUGAUGACGAUGCCACCACCACCACCACCACUUCUAAGACCACCACCACCACCACCGCCACCACCACCACUGCCUCCACCACAGCCACCACCACCACUACGACCACCACCACCAGGAGCAGGCCGCUGCGCCACCUGUCCGCCGUGCCGUCGCUGCCCGCCAAGCCUGUGUCGUCCCCCACCCGCGGCCUGGCCUCCCCCCCGCCCUUCAAGCUGUCCUCCAGGCUGGCCACGCCCUCCACCGAGCUGCACGCCGCCUCCUCCACGCCCGCGGCAUCCUCAAAGUGGCUCAAGGACAAGGACAAGGAGGAGGAGGAGGAGGCGCCCCCCGGCCCCCGUGCCGGCACCACCACUGCCGCCAGCAGCAGCAGCAGCAGCUCUGCGGCGGGCAGUGUGGGGCUGAAGGAGUGCCGCAAGUCGGUGCUAAACAUGGACAUCCGGCCCGGGGACACGGAGGCCAUGCGGCGCCAGCAGGAGGAGAAGCGCGAGGCCCUGCGGCAGCUGAGGCGGCAGCGCGGCGGCGAGGAGACCCGGCCCGCGGCACCACCUCCCGGGGCACGGCCAGGCCCUGCUGGUGCCGCGCAGGAGGCAGCCAAGGCCACCGCGGAAGAGAAAGAGAGGGAGAGGGAAAAAGAGAGGGAGAGGGAAAAAGAGAGGGAGAGAGAGAGGGAGAAGGAGAGGGAAAGGGAGAAGGAGAAAGAGAAGGAAGAUAAAGAGAAAAGGGAGCGGCGGGACGAGCGCCCCCCCGUGCCCCCAGCCAUGGAAAAGGCGUCCUCCAAGGGCAAGGUGGUGGAGAGGAAACAUUCCAAGGGCAAGGGUGACGCCCUGCGGAGGAGCGGCUCCUUGCGGCGGCAACGGCGCACCAGCAGGCCCAGCUCCACGUCCUCGUCCUCGUCUUCAGACAGCGAGGACGUGCCGCUGGUCACCGUGGUGCUCAGGCCGCGCCGCCGCCGCAGCUCACGGGAGGACAGUGAGCGCGCCUCGCCCCGCGCCUCGCCCCGCGUCCAGCGCGGCUCCUCGGGCGAGGUGGCAGAGAGCGGCCGCCGCGUGCGUCAGUCCUCCUCGGGCGCCGGCAGGUCCGCCUCGGGCACUGGGUCACGCGGCAGCCUGGCGGAGGGCGCUGCGUCACGCAGCAGCUCGCGCUCCAGCGUGCUGGGGGCGCGCCGCCUGGCCCUGGGCCCUGACAUUGACAUCGGGGAGAGCCCCGCGCCUGAACGCAGCCUGCCGGGCAGGGUGCGGCGACCCCCAGCCUCCAGCAGCAGCUCUGACUCCUCGUCUGACUCGUCGAGCGAGAGUGCCGGGGAGGAGGGGCAGUUCUUCACGCUCAGCAAGUCACGCUCCAUCAGGCGAUCCCGAUCCGCCGUGGGCCAGCCGCCCCCCUCACCGCCGACAAACAAAGUUGCAGCCCCCGCCCCUGUCCCGGCCCCCGCCGCCCCCUGUUCUUCCCCAUCACCCACCGCGGAGCUGGGGGCACGCACCAGUCCAGACGGCCGCGAGCAGGAAUCCCGGGCUAGCUCUGAGGGCGCCGCAGAGCCCCCCGCCGGCCUGGACCCCUUCGAGUGGCCCGACGAGGCCUCUGCGUCCCAGGGUGACCUCAGUAAGCUCUACCCGCGCCGCCAGAAGUCCGCGGCGUCCGUGGCCAGCGUGGGCGCUGCCAGCCGAAGCAACUCCCGCUCCGCCGUGGCCGCCGCCACCACCAAGAGUGACUCCCUGGAGGCCUUCACGUGGCCCGAGGGCAGCCCGGAGCUGCCGCGCAAGAACAGGGCGCCGCCACAGCGCGAGGAGGCAGACCAGGACAAGGAGGACAAGGAGGACAAGGAGGAGGAAGAGGAAGGGAGUAAAGAAGAGAAGGACAAGGAAGACAAGAAGGAGGAUGGCGGGGACGAGGCCUUUGUGUGGCCUGACGGGAGCCCUGAGCUGCCGCGGCGCUCCGUGAUGCGCAACACCUACGAGAGCGAGACGGAGCCCGAGCUGGCGUGGUCAGACGACAAUAACAAGACGGCGGCGUCGUCCAUGCCCGCCGUGGCGGAGGAGACGGAGGACGACUACAACUUUGAGUGGCCCAGCAGCCCAGAGCUGCCGCGCCGCCGCAACCCCUACGGCUACUCCAGCGCCUACGACACACAGAACGAGACGGAGGGCUUCGAGUGGCCCAGCAGCCCCGAACUGCCGCGCAUGAAGGACCCGCGCUACAUCAGCUUCACCGAGGACAUCGACACCCUGCUCUGCUCCGACCUGCAGGGAGACUUCCGCCAGAUGGAGACACUCAUGGGCUACUCACCGCCCCCCUCCCCAACCCAGACUUCCGCCUCCCCGGCCUCACCCACCUCACCCGCCUCACCCGCCUCCCGCACCACACGGGAGAAGGACCAGCAGCAGCAGCAGCAGCAGCAGCAGCAGGAGGAGAAGGUGGAGGAGAAGAAGGAGUCCCUGAAGCAGAGAGCCAGGCAGAACCUCUCCCACUUCAUCGGUAAACUCUCGAAUAUUGAUGACAUUUUGGGUGUUGUUCUUCGACCCAUCACCUCCCGCGCCACCACCACCACCACCACCACCACCCCCUCCACCCCCUCCACCUCCACCACCACCACCACCUCCACCACUAGCUCCGUGAAGGACGAGGGGCGCGGCAAGGGGAAGGAGGGGAAGGAGAAGGGGGGGAAGGAAGGUAAGGGGCCCACCUCCCCCCCUCCGCCCCCCGCCCCCCAGCCCCUCGCCAAAGUAAAGAGUAAAAAGAGCGGCCUGGAGGAGGUGCUGGCCAAUCAGGUGAAGGUACACGACGCCCAGGCAAACGUGGCAGAAAUUGACGAGAAUCUUGAGGAAUAUGAUGCCUCGGCAGUCAUUGUCAGGAAGAAGGAGAAGAGAGAAGUCCUGUCAGCUGAGAUCAUUCGUGCUGUGAAGGCUGGGCUGGAUGACGCCACGCUGCAGGUGUACCGGGAUGGUGACUACGGGACUUACCUGGACCUGGAGGCGUCACUGGCGGAGCAGGCGGAGGAUAUUGACGGCCUCACGGACAGCAAGAAGAACGCCAUUAUCCUGAGAACCCAGCUGUCUGUCAGGGUCCACGCCAUCAUAGAGAAGCUCCUGAACAGCGAGGGGCGAGAUCUCCGUCGAGCGCUGUUCUCCCUGAAGCAAAUAUUCCAGGAUGACAAAGAUCUGGUCCACGCCUUUGUGCAGAACGAUGGCCUUACCUGUCUCAUCAAGGUGGGGUCCUCAGCCGACCAGAACUACCAGAACUACAUACUCAGAGCAUUGGGGCAGGUGAUGCUGUACGUAGAUGGCAUGAAUGGAGUAAUGGAACACCGGCCAACUGUGCAGUGGCUGUAUUCAUUGGUGGCCUCCAAGUAUCGCCUGGUGGUGAAGACGGCACUCAAACUCCUGCUGGUGUUUGUUGAGUAUACAGAAAGCAACGCGCUGGUUCUGAUCGACGCCAUUAACACUGUCGAUACUUCUAGAGGGGAGUCGCCAUGGACCACUCUGAUGCGGCUGCUGGAGGGUCGUGACAGUCUUGAUAUGGAGCUGCUCACCUACGCCAUGACACUCAUCAACAAGACACUCAACGGCAUACCAGACCAGGACACCUACUAUGACCACACGGAUUAUCUGGAGGAGCAGGGCAUGGAGACGCUGAUUGCUAAGUACAUGCACAGGGCUGAUAGUGACCUGGACCUCCUGCAGCAGUUCACCAUUUAUGAGGCGGUGUUGGCGUAUGAGGAUGGUGAUGACAUUUGUCGAACUCGCACCAUUGACCCUUCUAUCAGACAAGUUCCCCGCAUCACCUCCAGCGACAGAGACUCCCUAGAUCGCCGCAAGUCAAAGAGGCACAACCAGACACCGCCACCACCACCCCCUGCCAAGAAUAGGAAGGGUGUUGGAGUCAACUUAGAAGACGGGAAGGCUCGACGCUCCAGUAGUGACGAUGACCACAUUACUGUCAUCAACAUCAAUGGUGACACGUACGGGAUACCACAGGACGACCUCUCUGGUGUUAAACAUGCUGAUGCAGGGGUGACGCCGGCCCUGAGAAGACGAAGAGAGAGGGCCGAGAGACACCGCACCUUCAUCAGUGAGCAGGAGACCAUUAAUGAGACCAGGCGCAGCUCACAGUCCUCCGACAAUGUGGAGGACGAGAACAGGAAGAACAGCGAACUCUCCGGGCUGAACAAACAGGCGUCGUGGAUGAUGGACAUGAUGUAUGGCAAGAGAGAUGACACGUCCGCCCGCCGCGACUCCCUCACCAACAUCCAGGACCUUGCCUCACGGAUAUCCAGCCUGCAGGAGAAGGAGGCGGUGGAGAACGGAGGCAGCACUGGGGUCAUUGCUGCUGAUGUCAAUGUGCAGGCGUCAGUCAAGGAGAUCCAGAACAAGAUGGCGGCAGUGGGCACCCCAGGUGAGGCGGCAGGGGCAGGGACUCGCAAGGGUGGCAGCAGCGGCGACUUGAGCGACCGCAUCAACAAGAUCAAAGACGGGCUGGCCAAGAGUCACUCCAAGGGCGAGGCGGCCAAGGAAACUGUCCCUGAACCCCCAAAGAAAUCAGAGAACGACAUACAGUGGGACCUUCUCAAAAAACACCUUAAUCGACCUUUGACCCUCUGCGACCUUGAUUUCAAUGACCUCACACCAGAAGACGAGACGCUGGUGCCUGUUAAAAAAGAAGAAGGGGUCCCGCCACCACCGCCACCACCUCCAUCGAUGGCUGGCGGCCCCCCUCCCCCACCACCACCCUUCGUCGUUCCUCCACCCCCUAACAUGCCUCCUGCCCCACCUGCGCCACCUGCCCCCCGCCCAGCGUCCCGGGCAGACACCCCCGCCCAGCACACAGACACUGAUGAUGCCUCCAGUCGACACCACAAGACCAAAAAGACUAUUAAGCUGUUCUGGAAGGAGGUGCGUGAGGACCCUCGCUUCAUGAUCUCCACCAUUUGGACCGACGUGGACCGGGUGCCCCUUGACACACAGCGGCUGGAGCACCUCUUUGAGUCCCGCGCCAAGGACAUCAUCACCAAGGAGAAGCAGCAGGACCAGAAGGGCGUGAAGGAGCUCAUCGUGUUAGACCCUAAGCGAUCCAAUGUCAUUAAUAUUGGGAUGACCAAACUGCCACCCCCUCGGACUAUCAAGACUGCUAUUCUCAAGAUGGACUCCUCGAUCAUCAACAGGGAGGGUAUUGAGAAACUGCUGACCACUAUGCUGCCCACUGCCGAGGAGAAGGAGAAGAUCCAAGAGGCAGCCAUCUCCAACCCUGAGCUGCCCCUGGGGUCGGCUGAACAGUUCCUGAUGAUGCUGGCGUCCAUCUCGGAGCUGCCCGCCAGACUCAAUCUGUGGCUCUUCAAACUGGACUAUGAGAACACAGAGAAGGAGGUAGCAGACCCCUUGAUGGACCUGAAGCAAGGUGUGGAGGACCUUCAGAAGAACAAGACAUUCAAGGUGAUCCUGUCGGUGCUGCUGUCCAUUGGUAACUUCCUCAAUGGGUCCGAGUCACGAGGGUUCCAGAUUGAGUACCUUUCUAAAGUGCCGGAGGUGAAGGAUACAGUGCACAAACACUCCCUCCUCCAUCACCUCUGCCACAUGGUCAUUGAAAAGUUCCCGGACACCACUGACCUGUACUCUGAGAUUGGCUCCAUCACCAGGGCGUCUCGGGUGGACUUUGAGGAGCUGGAGAACACCAUAGCCAAGAUGCAGGUGGACUGUAAGGCCUCCUGGGACCACCUCAAGGCCAUUGCCAAGCACGACGGCCCCACGCAAAUCAAACUCAAAAUGUCAGAGUUCCUAGCAGACUGUGCCGAGAGAAUCAUUGUCCUUGAGAUCAUCUACAAGAGAGUUAUGACAAGGUUCCAUCGCUUCCUGCUGUGGCUGGGAACACCUCUGCUGAUGACCCAUGAGGUGAAGGUCCAGCAGGUGUGUUCAGUGGUCAGCGAAUUUGCCCUGGAGUAUAGAACAUGUCGAGAGCGCGUCCUGCAGCAGAUCCAGAAGAAAGCAGCGCACAGGGAGAGGAACAAGACGAGAGGGAAGAUGAUUUCAGAGGAGAGUGAAUAUCGAGCCAACGGGAUUCUGAGACCUUGCCUAAAAAACAGAUCGAUGGAGAAGUUCAAGCGCUCCAAACAGACCAAGGAGGAGAAGGCAGACUCAGACCUCCGCCAGCUCCUCAACUAUUCUGACGUCUCUGACACCGACACUAUCCGAGGCAAGAACACCUGGAGAAGAACGCGGGAAGGCAAGACCCGCAGCAGGGGGGAGGAGAGCAUGGUGGAGGUGAUGGAGGGAGAGGACGCACUGUUGGACUCCCUAGUGAAGACUGCCACACAGGGACCCUCUGCCCGCACCACCCCAAGGGAACGGAAGCGAUCCAGGCAUGCCGACCGCAAGUCAUCUCGCCAGUCCGCUGCAUCAGGCACAGUGAAGCGCUCCAGAACCCGAGACCGCAACCUCAUUAAUGAGUUAGAGGCCCUACAGCAAGUUCAGCAGCUCCAUAUUGACUAGUCCCCACCCCAUGGCCGGCUCACCCCCCUUUGCGGCGAACACUCAAGAACGGACUGACGGAGGAAGAGAAAAGACUCCUGGCUAUCAUCGCAGCACAGACACGCUGAGACACCAACCACAGCACCACAGCACCACCACAGCACCACCACGGCCAUCACCAGCACUUCAGAACCUAAUAAAACUGGGUGUAAAGUGAUAUAAAGUGCAUGAGGACCAGUGCAGUGAUGUGUGUGGUGGUUGUGGUGAGAGUGGUGAUAGUGGUGGUGACAGAGGAGGUGGUAGGGAGCAGAUUAACCUAGUCUAGUCAAGGAAUAUUUGCUGGAAGGGUGACAUAGAAAGAGUAGAGAGGAUAGGAUAGUGAGGAAGGGAGAGAUGUGAAAUUGUUGUGUGUUUUGAGGUUAUUGUUGCUUCACACUGGCAAAUGAAGACAGAGUAGGAUGAAAAUGUGAGUUUAUAAUAGAAAAUGACAAUAGCUGAAGAUUUGAAGUGAGAUGAUUCUAUAGAGAGUAUUUUAUGAGUUUGUGGGUCUUAAUUCACACAGGCAAGGGAACAUAGAGAUUGGUUUGAUUUGAGCAAUUAGUAGAAAGUAAAGUAGAGCUAAACUGAAGGUAGAAAUUAAUGCAAAGAAUCUGUUGUAUUUUGAAGUUGAUGGAUAUUAAUUCACACAGAUAAAAAGAAGAUAGAAAAUGAUAAAAUGCAAGUUUUGUUUAUUAGAAGAAAACGCAAUAGAAAAAUCAAACUUAGCCAAUAUGUGACGAAUUUGUAUUAUGAAAAGUUUGUGAUUAAUUUAUUAUUACUCCAUAGAAAGAUAGUUUGCAUACAUUUUCAGCGCCUGUGUGUUGCAAAGUACCACUGUAUACACGAACGCAAGGCAGCCACACUCAAAACAAGUGUAAGAGAAGGAUUUGUAUACAUAUUGUUGCAUAUUUUAGUUACUUUAUACAAAAAAACAAAAGUCAAAGGAAAUAUAUCUGGAGAAACUACACACAUAUUCAGUGUCUGUGUGAGUGACAACAACAGCAAACAACAACAACAAACAACAGCUACAACAACAACAAACAUCAGUAAUAACAAACCAGUGAAAUGAAACACACACCACAUCACCAGAAAGUCAGUGAUCAACAGCACUCACCAAACACAACCUUUCCACGUCUUGGUGUAAAUAAACUGCUGAUCACAACUUACCACAUGACCUUACCUACACUACCUGACCUCCUGCGACCUUCCAUGACCUGACCUGACCUGUCCUGGCAUUCACACCCACGUGAGUUGGUUUCCGAGGACAGGUGUGUGGUCAGUCAGUCAGUCAGUCAGUAAGAGGCACACAAGCAGCACAUACAUACAAACAUACACUGCUGACUCUGUGAUUGCUGUGAGGUUGUGUGCUGAGUGUUCCUUCUCUUUCAGUCAGUAAACUCAGCAAGUCAUCCACAUUACAAGAAAUUAAAAGGAAAAUGAAGAGACAAAAUAGAAAAUAAAUCUAGACUCAUGAAUAAACCAUAGGUGAAGAAAACGGAAGAAAAGAAAAUGACUUAAAAGAAAGAAAAACAAGAGAAAGAAAAAGGAAAUGCAAAGAAAUAAGGAAGAAAGGAAGAGUGAAGAAAAAAAUGAAAAGAAAAUGCAAAAAAUGAAAUGAGGAAAGGAAGAAAGAAAACUAGAGACACAAAACAAGAAAAAAACACAAAAAACAAGAAACACACACACAAAAAAGACAACCCAACAGAUUUGGUGCUGAAAUAUAAAAAAACAUUUAUUUUAAGCACUGAUCCAAACCUCACAGCAACACAAACAGCAGGAGGAGGAGGAGGAGGAGGAGGAGAGGUGCUGAGUGCUGAGUGCUGACCUCUUACCAAUCCUUAUAGUCAGCAGUAGGUGGUCAGUUAAGCCUUAUUAUGCCUUAAGCAGGUGUGUGGCAGGCCCUCCCACACCUGCCAUCUGCUCAACACACCCGCAACACACCAGCGAGUCACAGAUGGCAGUGUUGUAAGCUGUGAUAGCCUGUCUGUGUGUCUGUGUGUCUGUGUGUCGUUGCCUCAACACUACUACACAUUUCCAAAUAUUGUCAUUAUCAAGAUUGGACGCGUUUUGGAUGAGAUUUGUUUGUGUCUGUGUGUAUGUGUGUAUGUGUGUUGUUUUUUGUUUCCUUUUUUUCUUUCCCUAAUGUUCUCUUCUUCCUCCUUUUUUUCCUUCUUUUCCUUUCCCAGUCUGAGCCAAAAUAAUUUAAUGGUGAAUUUGUUUUCUUUCUUUUACUAAUUAUGUUUUCCUCCUCUUAUUGUUCUAUUUGCUUUUUUCUUUUCUUCUUCUCUUUGUUCAGUUAAAUUUUCUCCCUUUCUUUACAUUUCCUUUUGUUUGGUUGUUUUCUUUUUCUUUCUUCCUUUCCUGCCUAGUUAAAUCUUCUUUUCUGUCUUCUUUUCUUUUGCUCUUUCCUUUUCUUUCUAUUUCUUCUUAAACUCAUUUUCUUCUUUCUUUUUCUCUUUUUUUCCUUCCUAUCUUUUUUCUAAUUUAAACGUGAGAGAGGGAGAUUUUUUAACGUGUUCCUAGACAUGAUUGUUUACAUUUGAGAGAAAGAAUACAUUUUUUUUCUUUUUCUCUUUAUGUCCUAAGAUGUUUUUAUUUAAGCUUUAGAGAGAGAAAGAAUAAAAUGUCUCUUCCUCUUCUAUUCUGUAUUUCCUUCAAUCUUUUAUUUGAACUUGAGGGAGAGAAAGAAUACAAUUUUUCUCAAUUUCCUUCAAUUUAUAUAAACUAGAGAGGAAGGCCAUUCAGUUUUCUCUUCUUUUCCUUCUAGUCUUCUUUAUUUAAACGUAACAAGAGAGGGAAACAAACUCCUUUUCCCUUCCCUUUGUUUCCCCACGUGGCUCACUGUAUAAUACUAAGAUAGACUAGUGUAGAGGAAAACAGUAAUACAUAAAACAGUAUGCUAGGUAAGGCAAUGUUGAUCAUAUAGACGACAGAGAGAGUGCUAAAGUGACCGAACUGUAGGAACGCCACCUUUGUCACUCGUGUCUGAGAUUUUGAUACUCAAUAAUGCUUUAUGGAUUUUUAAAUAUAAAAGGCUGUGUACCGAAA